AUGUUAGAAAUUUUAGAAGAUGACGAAUAUUAUGAUAUUACUAUUGAAGUUGAAUUAAUUUCAAAAUGGAUCGAUAAAUUAGAAACUACAGACAAGAUAGCUGCUUCAUAUGACUUCAAUUUAUUAAUUAGUUUACGAGGUAGGCUUCCUGGUCAUUUAUUUCAUGAAGUUUGUGGCGAUAAAUUUCCUACUGUCUCGAUAAUUAAGGUGAAAGGAAGCGACGAAAUUCUUGGAGGGUAUAAUCCAAUCGCAUGGAGUUCUGGUAUAUUCUCUUCAUAUGAUAGAACUAGAGAAAGUUUUAUAUUCUCAUUUAAGGAUAAUGAUAUAAGUAAUCAUAUUUUAAGCCGUGUAAUGAAUGAACAGCGUGCUACUUAUAAUCGGAAUGAUUACGGUCCAACAUUUGGUUAUUCAGAUCUUACAAUAAGUCAAAAUUAUGGUAAUAAAUGUAUAAUGUCUGAUUAUGAGAAGCCGAUUAGAGAAACUAAAGAUAGAUUUGAUAUAGAGGUUUGUGAAAUAUUUUUGCUCACAAAAAUUGAUGCGGAUUAA